AUCGACGUACUUCCUGUUUUCACGAGAGCGUAAUUCAGCAAACAUGGCGGCCUCCRGUGGAAGAACCGUGGGAUAUUUUCUCUGGAAAUUCGGAAAUUGCUGCUUCAAGUUUAACACAGUCUCGUCAAAUUUAACACGCCAGGUGCUGUCCAGACAGCUAUGUGUGAGCGCUGUGCUCCACAGGAAGAACCUGGCUGCAGCGGGCCCAGAGAAGUUCUCGGAGGAGUUCAUCAAGAAGCAGGUGGAGGAGUUCAACAUCGGGAAGAGACAUCUAGCCAACAUGAUGGGAGAGGACCCCGAGAACUUCACUCAGGGGGACAUUGAUGUAAGAAAGACUGCACUGAUGUCUAACGAGGGGUGUACAACGCCUGUCUUUCGCUAG